AGCGCGCCGGUGUUAUUCCUCAGGUACCACUCAACUUGCACUAUAUUAGUAUGUCCGAGUCUCACCUAUCUCCAUCAUAUAAAGAUCAGGACGUCUAGUCCCAAGAUCUCCACACCAUGUCUGAUCCCGCUUCUUCAACAACGCUGACCAUUCAACCCCGUGUCGCACUUAUCACCGGCGCAGCCCAGGGCAUCGGACGUGCCAUUGCCCUGCGGCUCGCAGAGGAUGGGCUCGACAUUGCCAUCGCAGACUUAGCAUCACAGCGCACGAAGCUCGAUGGCGUCGCAGAAGAGGUGAGGGCGAAGGGGAGGCGAUGCAUUGUCUUGGAAUGCAAUGUGUCACAAGAGGAGGAGGUCCAACGCAUGGUGCAAGCUACGGAGAAAGAAUUUGAUGGUUUGGACGUUAUGGUAGCGAACGCUGGACGACUUCUCGUGAAGACUAUGGUCGACUCUACCCUCACCGAUUUCGACAGUAUAUUCGACACCAAUGUACGCGGGGUGUUCCUGUGCUUGCGUGCCGCAGCGCAGGUCAUGAUCAAGCGAGGGCGUGGCGGGAAGAUAAUCAGUAUGCACGUCCAUUCCUUGUCUCGCAUCUGGAUAAUAAUACCCUUUGUCAUAGGCGCGUCGUCGGUAGCAGGAAAGAAAGGGGUGGCAUUAAGCGGCAUUUACUGUGCGUCGAAAGCUGCCGUUCGAUCGUUCACACAGGCGCUCGCGAGUGAGCUCGGGUCAUACGGUAUCACUGUGAACGCCUACGCACCUGGACCAAUUGAUACGCCUCUCCUGCAAUACUCCGCAGAUUCAUUGGAGCAACUGCUAGGGGUUCCUGAUGGCAAGGAGUUGCUCCGAAAUUUCCAAGCAACGAAUUCGGCACUGAAGCAUUUUGGAAUGCCGGAAGACAUUGCGGGCUUGGUAUCGUUCCUCGCGAGCAAAGAUUCCGCCUUUAUAACUGGCCAGACAAUCACAAUUGAUGGGGGAGGUUGGAUGGAUUAAUCCCAUGCUUAUGGUUAGAAUAACACUAUAAUGUAACUUGUCUCCAAAGUUCAAACCAACCGUAUGCGUUACCAUACAUGUUGGUC